UUUGGAUAUGGCGGCGUGGUGAUGUGAGGGAGGAUGACAGCUACUCUGUGUUAUUUUAAUUAUUUUCCAGUCAUUGAAUGGUAGCUGUGUCUCCAAAGUAGUUCAAGAUCAAAAUGAGCGGCUGGGCUUGGGCGAAUGCCGCUCAGGCGCUGGCAAAUCAAGGGAUCGGUGCAGAUCCACCCGUACCGCAGCCCGCGUCGAUGAUGGACGCAUGGCCGAACGCCGGAACUGGAGCCGGCUAUGCAGGCUACCCUUUAAUGAGGACUGGUCAGAAGCAAGUGUACAUGACUGGGGAGGCUAUGACAAUGAAAAACAGAAAGAGGAAACUCUGGUUACGCUACUUGCGUUCACAAGACCCCGUAGACUAUGACCGUUUUGUUCGCGUUCGAAACGACCUUCGGCGUCUAACAAGGAACCUCCGUGGCUUACACGAACAACUACUGGAGGAGGAGGAUGACGAGCCGGCGGCGGCGGGCGCGCUGCAGGCGGGGGGCCAGUUCGGCGCGGCGGCCGGCUGGGGCGCCUACCAGCAGCCCGGGAUGAUGAUGGGAGCCGGCGCUGGCCAGGCCUACCUGCCAUCCGGCCAGCACCUCUGGAACGGCCAGCAGCAGCAGCAGCAGCAGCAGCAGCAGAUGGCGGCGGCCGCCCAGUGGGGGCAACAGAUGGCUGCCCAUGACGCGGCGCUGUCCGGCCAGCUAGCUGCGCGGCCGCCUGCCCCGGCUGAGAAGCCGCCUCCGGCUCCGGUACCGGCGCCCGUCCCCGGACUGGCGGCCGCUCCGAGACUGGCUCCCCCAGGCAGCACCUACUCGGCCCCCGGCGCGUCCGCCGCGGCACCGCGGCCCGUCCAGCCGCCUGCCAAGGCCCCCGGACAGGCACCCAGCGCGGGCCCGGGCCCGGCCGCGCAGUCCCAGGUCCGCCGGGAGCCCCCUGUACCCGGCUCGGCAGCCGCGGCGGUGGCUGAGUCGGCGGCGGCCAUCUCCCGGCUCACACCCAAAGAGCAGGAGGAAAUUCGCCAACUGCAGCGAGCGGACGAGCUGUUUGACAAGCAGUUCAAGGCCUGGGAGGAGCAGUUCAACAGCUGGAAGAACGAGAACAGAGGACACGCCGAUAAGUCUCAGCUCAGGUCGUACGAGGAGGAGAUGCUUCAGAUGAAGAACAAGCUGCUGCAGCGUCACGAACAGCUACGGCGACGGCUGGCUCAGAAACUGGCCAAGGCUCGCGGCGAGACACCGCCACCGGACCUGCCGCCUCCGCCGCCGGCCGCCGCCGCACCCGGGCCUGGCGCCGCUGCAGCGCGAGCACCCGGCUCCGGCCGCUUCGACGAGGAACAGUCGGGCAGGGGUGAGCGCGGCGACUACGACGAACACGGCGGCUACGGCGAGGACUACGGCGAAGGCUCCGGCUACGACCGGGAGUACGGCGAGAGCGGAGCGUACGGCGGUCGUGGCGGCCGCGGUCGGGGGCGAGGCGCACGCGGCCGCGGCGGGUACAGCGCUGAAGACCGCGGCGGCCCUCAGGACGAUGACUACUCGUGGGACGGACCCGGCGGGCGCGGCCGGGGCCGUGGACGAGGCCGGGGAGGGCUCGAUGAAGGAUUCAGAGGCCGCGGUAGGGGCGGCUACGAUGGUGACGGACAUGAACGCGGCCGGGGCCGGGGAGCCCGCGGCCGCGGCCGUGGUGGCUACUCUGCUGAAGAUGACUACAGCCACGGUGAUUACUAUGAGGAGGAGGGUGGUUACGGCCCGGGCCGCGGUGGCCGCGGAGGACCCCGCGGCUUCCCGCGCGGUGGACCCCGCGGUGGGCCCCGCGGCGGCCGGGGUCGUGGCGGGUUUGGCCGCGGCGGAGGGCCUGGAGGAGGAUACGGAGACGAACCGUAUGACCCAGCCGACCCCGGCAGUUACGACUAUGACGGCGGCUACAACGACUGGGACGGCUACGCCGACGACGGCACCGGCCCCAGGGAGAGCCGCGGAGAUCGACCGGGAGAGUCCGCAGACUCGUGGCAGGACCUCGGUGGAGGGCUCAAGGGACGCCCGUUCUCGUCUGCGCCGUAUGCCAGCGGUGGACCCGACAAGGGAGCCGAGGGCGACGACCAUGCCGUCAUCGACUACGGCCACAAAAACGCCUUAGAUGUGGUCUCAAAGUUCGACGGUGGCGGUCCGCCGCCGUCCCUCAAAGACGCCAUCGAGAGCGUGUACGAGGCGUUCACGCGGCCAGUGCGCGAGCAGUCCAUCUCCUCCAUCGCCUCUGCUGACCGGCUGGUGGGUCUGGGUGUGCCAGAGCCGGUACCGCCCCCGCCACCGCCGCCGCCGCCGCCCGGACGCCACUCGUACGGCAGAGAUCCGGACGGCUACGGCCUGGGCCCCAGCCACCCGGACGACUACGCCGACCUGGGCCGGCCGCCGCGGCGCAGUCGGUCCCGCUCGCCACGGUUCCGCUCCCGCACGCGGUCUCCGCGGCGCUACUCACCCUACCGACACCGGCCGCGCUCGCGGUCGCGUUCGCCGCCGCGCCGCAGCCGCAGCCCGUGGCGGCGUGGCUACGACUCUCCCCCGCGCCGCAGCCGCUGGUCGCCUCCUCGUGACCGGCGGCCUCCCUCCGACGACCGGCGACCCCCCUCCGACGACCGGCGACCGCCCUUCGACGACCGGCGACCGCCCUUCGACGACCGCCGACCUCCGUACGACGACCGCCGGCGGAUGGACGACCGGCCACGGGACCCGUACGACCGACCGCGAGACCCGUACGACCGACCACGGUCUCCGCACGACAGGCAUCGAGAUCGCUACGACCGGCCACGGGAUCCGUACAGUCGUUCACGGAGUCCGUACAGUCGUCCGCGCGAGGUGCCCCUCCGAUCGCUGAGUCCGUCUGACCGGCCGCGAUGGCCGGGUGAUCGGGUGCGGUCGCGGAGUCCGGGCCUGGGCAGGGGCCGAGGUGGCGGAGUAGUGUACGACAGGCCGCGGGGCCCGGGAGGCGGCGACGAUCGUUUCCGCUGGGUGAGGCCGGGAGCUGUGCCGCAGGACCCGGGCUCCCCGACUCCGCGUGCUCCGCCUGCUCCUCCCGCUCCCCCGGCCAACCCCCCGGCUCCACCCCAACCGGAGCCCCUCUUCCCGACUGUGAACGUCAAGGAUCUGCUGCAGCCGCCGGGUCGACUGACGCGGCCCUCCAACCUGGUCAUCAUACUGAGGGGGCCGCCCGGAUCGGGCAAGACGUACACGGCGAAGCUGAUCAAGGACCAGGAGGUGGCGAACAAGGGCAGCGCGCCUCGCAUCCUCUCCCUGGACGACUACUUCUGCACGGAGAAAGAGAAAGCCGUCACCGACCCAGACACCGGCAAGAAGGUCACCAAAAAGGUGAUGGAAUAUGAGUACGACGCGGCCGUGGAGGAAUCGUACCGCGUCUCGCUACGGAAGGUCUUCAGGAAGACUGUCGACGAGGGCUUCUUCCAUUUCAUCAUCGUUGACUGCGUCAACGCGCGGACCAAUCAGUACGACGAGAUGUGCUCGUACGCCAGCGCUCGCGGCUUCAAGGUGUACAUUGCCGAGAUGGACAUGGAUGUGGCCACGUGUCACAAGCGGAACAUCCACGGCCGAUCUCUGGAUGAUAUCCGAGAGGUGGUCAAGAACUGGCAGCCCACGCCUCGACACUACAUCAGGGUGGAUGUGCGACCGGUGCUUCAGGACGACAGCAUCCAGGAGGUGGAGAUGGAGGACACGGAGCCGGAGAAGCCGUCAGCCGGAAAGAACAACGACGAGCCAGCUGUACCCGGGGCCACGACUGAAGGCGUCUGUCCAGCGCCGGGGCCGUUCCACAUGAGCAAUUGGCCGCCUGGUCCGCCGCAGGGCACUGAUGAGACGUCGAACGCCGCUCCGGACUCGGUUGCGGCUCCAGCGGCUGAUGGAGCGACCGUUUGGCCCUCCGACUGGGGGCAGAGGCCGCCGCUGCCGCCUGGUCCACCACCGAACACAGAUACCGACACCCAGCAGCAGCAGCAGCAGCAGCAACAGCAGCAGGACUGGUCGGUGCCAGCUGCGGCCCUCGGCGCGGCGCCGAGCCCCGGCCUGCGUCCGUCCACUCCGUCCAACCACCGGCCGCCCUUCUCCCCUAGACAACAUUCGGCCUCGCCGCACCGGCUGAUCGGACCCUCUCUGCCCGGCGGUGUGACGGCUCCUCCAUGGCAGCCAGCUCCGUCCCACUCUCCUCGACAGCCGUCUCCCUCUCCCCGACAGACUGCGUUUUCGCCCCAUCAGCCGCCUCCCCUCCAGUCGGUAUCUCCACACCAAUCUGUCCAACCUCCCCUACAGUCUUUCCCGCCUCCACAGCAUCCGCCGCCGUCUUCCCGACAGUCUACUCCGUCUUCCCACCAGUCUGACCCAGCUUCUCACCAGUCUGACCCAUCUUCCUACCAGUCUGACCUAUCUUGCCACCAGCCGCUUCAGUCUCCCCGCAAUCAGUCCUCAUCUCCCUUCAGAUCGUUUCCACCACCCCGUCAUGCACCUCCAACUACCCACCAGUCUGCCCAGUCUCCCCGCCAUACGUCUCCAUAUCCACGCCAACCUGUCCCACCACCUCGCCACCAGACACCGCCUCCCAGCAAUGGUUCUCAGUCUCCCCAUCAACCUGUCCCAUCUCCCCAUCAUCGCCUGCCCCAGACACCGUCUCCCAGCCAUUCUUCUCCGUCUCCUCGCCAUCAGACACCGUCUCCCCACCAGUCUUUCUCAUCUCCCCGCCAUCAGACACCGUCUUCCCGCCAUCAGGCACCGUCUCCCCGCCAUCAGACACCGUCUCCCCGCCAUCCGUCCCAGUCUUCCCACCAACUGUCCCAGUCUCCCCGCCAUCCGUCGCCAUGGCAGGCGGGCGCGGCGCCGUGGAAUCGACCACCGACCCCCACAAACAUCCAGCCGACCUCCUCCGCGGUGGCGGGCGGGUGGCGGCCGGCGGCGCCCCAGUCGGCCCCGCAGAGUCGCUGGUCUGCACCAGUGCCGCGACUGGUGUGGCGCCAGAGGCCCCCACAGCCACGGCCAGCGCGCUGGUAGUGUCGUAUCAAAGACAGAAUCAUCGCAUCAGAGACAGAAUUCAUCAAAGACAACGGUGGAAUGAGUGACAUACGUGUCCAUGCAGUGGUUCGGUUUGGUUGAAGAGUUCUGGAGAUUGUACAAAACGCGAUUGAGGUGUACUGGCAAUAUGUGCUACUCCCGCGAUGUACGUUCUUCGCGUGACGAGUUCCAAGGAACCCAGAGGUGCUCUGUGGCAAACGAGGUCAAUUAUGGCGGGUUUUAUGCAAUACUGCUGUGUCUUGGAGGGACGAUGUUUCGGUGUAUGUAGUUACAAUUGACGAUAUGCCUUUUAGUAGCUUAGUUUAGUCAGCUGUUUGAUAUGUGUUGAAGUGCAUUAAUAUUAUUAUGUGCUGUGAUUACCUAAUCGUUUUUGCUACUGUUCUCGUCAAGUUUUACUUGUCUUUGCAAAGAAUCUAGUCGAUGCUAGAAUGAAGUCUUUCGAUUUGCUUGCUCACGCGUAUCACGCAUAAUGUACAUUCAUCUGUGAUGUUAUUUUAGUCAGUGAAUUGGUUAUUUCGAAGCCUUUUAGGGUCAAUGAUGCAUCUUUCUGUAUCACCUUGGUAGAAAGACGUCGCUCUCAGUCAGAGCCUAUUGAUUGGUGAUAUUUUAGAGCUUUCUUGUGUUCAUGCUUGGUCUUCUGGAAAUGUUUUCGAAUGAGGUACAUUUGAACCGUCGAAAUACAGCUACGAAAAGUGCA